AUGGAAAGAAGUGUAAUGGAUAAAUGGAUAACACGUGAUGAAAAAGAUGAUAUCAUGAAUGAAUGGUCAAUGCAAAGUUGGAAAGGUGAAAGUGAUGGAUUGCGACGCCAUAAUGAUGGUACUGGUGAAAUAUGGCAUCGUAAAGCUAAAGUAUCACCAGAAGGUAACACAUCUUUCGUCAAUAACAGGCGCUUUUAUGCGAGGGAUUAUGUUAUCGAGAGUGAAACUCGGAAUGCAUAA